AUGGCUGAUUGUGAUUUGUUGAUUGUAAGAAAAUAUCGCUUGUUUGCUAAUAGAUGUCUGAACGUGGAAGAGGUCGAGCUAGAGGCCGUGCAGGUCGUGGCAAUGAACCAACUGGCCCUGCACCUCGACGGCCAGGUGAACAACCAGGGCCUCCACAACAUCAACCAGGGCCUUCAGGUCCGCGUCCACAACCACCAUCUGCAUGGGGCCCUCCCACUGUGA